AUGACGACUAACAAGCAACAACAAGAGGAGGAAUUGCUUAUACUGAAAUCAAUUUUAGGCGAUGCCAUCGUUGAUUUAGACAAUGAUAAUAUUCAAUUCGAAAUUGACGUUGAAUUUCAAUUAGCGACACCAUUUUAUUUAAAUCUCAUUCAUGAUUCUAAUCACUUAUCGACAUUAAUUCAAAAUCUUCCACCAUUAAUUUUAACGAUACAUUUUCAUGAUGAGUAUCCAUCAUCACAAGAUUCUCCAACAUUUGUUCUGUCAUCUUGUUAUUUAUCAUGUGAAUUUCUUCAAAAGAUGUGCCAAAAAUUAGAUGAAGUAUGGGAACAAAAUCUAGGCCAACCAAUUGUUUAUCAAUGGAUCGAAUGUCUUAAAGAAGAAUUUUCAUUAAUCCAUGAACUCUGCUUAUCAAAUCAGGAUGUUUAUGAACGAGACAUUAGCGAUGAUGAGCCAAGAGCUAUGUCCACUUAUCAAUCGGAUCAGGCUCCACAUGUCUAUGAACAAUUAAUAGAAUACAAUCAAAUAAAAGAAUUCGAAAAAUUUCUUCAUGGCUAUCAUGAAUGUUCUAUUUGUAUGUCGAACAAUAUACCUGGACGUGAUAUGAUACGAUUGUAUAAAUGUAAUCAUGCAUUCUGUCGAAAUUGUCUACAUGAUUAUGCUCAAAUUCAUAUUAAUACAGGCUCAGUCGAAUGGUUAUAUUGUCCUGAUUCUCAAUGUCAAUUAUCAUUGUUACCAGCUGAAAUAAAACUAAGUGUGAACGAUGAUCGAUUAUAUUAUAAAUAUGAACAAUUAUUAUUACAAAAAACUCUUGAACAAAUGCAAGAUAUUUUUUGGUGUCCAAGAUGUCAACACCCAGUUUUAACUGGCAAUGAAAAAGAUAAUCUAGCAUUGUGCGAUCAAUGUCGUUUUGCAUUCUGUAAAAAAUGUAAAAAAACAUAUCAUUCUCAAACGUUAUGUGGUCAUGAAGCUGAACUAGCUGAAUUAAAACGAAAACGUCGUAAAUUACGUGAUCAACUGCAAGAUCUCAAUAUGGUACCGGAUGAUGAAGAAAAACUUAUUCGUGAAUUUCUUGCUAUUGCAAGAAUCGAAAAUUCGACAAGACUUUGUCCAAAUCCACUGUGUCAAGUACCAAUUGAAAAAAAUCUUGGGUGUGAUCAUAUGUAUUGUAUUCGUUGUCGGAAACCUUUCAAUUGGAGUGAAGCCGCAGAUCAAACAACAGACACUAAAGUCCUAUUUGAAAAAUACGAAAGCGACAUUAAUAAAAUGCAGAAGGCAUUACAAGAUGAGAAAAGCAAUCGUGAAGAUAGCGAUGAAAACAUGUUAUUGCAAGAGCCAACAAUUGGCAAGCUAAUGAUGAAACGAAUCAAAAAGUGUCCAAAUACAAAAUGUGGGAAAAUCUGCAUAAAAUAUGGUAAUAAUAAUUAUCUUAUUUGUGAACAUUGUAAGCGAAGUUUUUGUUUUUCAUGUGAUAACUCUAUAAUCAAUCCUAAACAGCAUUUUGGUGUUAAAUGCAAAAGACAGUCGACUGUUUAG